AUGGACACCUUGACAACGGAGGAGCAAAGACUAGCAUUGGAGAUCAGACCGCUACGGGAAUGGUGCGACAGCGAAUUCGCCCGGCAGCACGCGAGAGGCCAGCUAAACGUGACAAAUCGAUGGGUGGACGGUGACGGUGCCGGCGAAGAGUUCGAGCAGAUCAAAGGGCAACGCGGCGGACACAGCGGCUGGAAGCUAAUGUCGCUACCGCCACAGGACCAGCUUUUCGAUAGAUCAGGCCGCGUGCUCUGGGAACCGAAGUACGUACGCCUGACGGACGACGCUGCGAUCGUAUCGAUCUGCAUCCACGACAAGCAAUAUCGCGCAACCUUCCUACCAUGGGACUUCGACUCGAAAGGGGAGAUUCGGAAGAUACGCGUGCCUAUCGGACCAACGAUCACGAUCAUGCAGAACGGCCUCAAAACCAUACCUGUCUGGAAAGACUGGUACGCCUUCACCGGCGGCACGAACAAUUGCGGAUGGCUCCUAAGCAGCAACCCCGGGCCAGUCAAUCGCUUUACAGCCGGCUUGAUACUACCAGCGAAGGAGCCUACCGCAUCAGCAAACAUCACGCUCGACAGUUACGAACCUCAGGCCGGCAGCCUGCCGAUCAACAAAUGGACCGAGUACGCCCGCGACAACAAGAUCUACUUCGAGGGGAAUCAACGCGUCAGCUACCCAGUGCUCAUCAUCACCGAGAAAGGAGGAAUGAUUGGUACGCUGCAAGGACAGAAACACUUUCACCCCAAGAUCUGUCAAUCCGCGGACGAGGACAACCCCUACGAGAUCUGUCUACGGAACCCCAACCAGACAGAAGAGGAAUACGAAGCAGCUCUGCACAGCAACUGGACGGAAGAAAUCACCCCCGAACGGACCGGCACACGGUUCAAAUGGGAAGAGAUCGCGAAACCGCACCCGUCUCGAUACCGCAAGACGAAAGCAUCGACAGCCGCAGCGACCCCGGCGAAGCGUCGCAAGACAAAGCCGAUCACACUCACCGCUACCACUCCGACUGCCAGCUCGACCCCAGAGCCGGAAGACAGCAACGCGAACACGACACAGCCAGCAGGCAAAAUCAAAGUGCAAACCAGGGACGCAGCUACAAUGACGGACGACUCGGAACGGAGCAUCGACAUCACUACAAUUCCCGCGCCCGAGGUUCACACCGAAACCCAGCAGAACCUCGCGACCUUACAAUCCUUUUAUAACCUCGCGAGGCUGGAAGCAGCUCAAUCGUUCCCGGUACUGAUGACCGCCGCUAGCCGUCUCGAAGCACUCGCAGCCAGUUGUGCAGCGAGCAAGAAAGCACUGCAGUUUCUACGCCUCGCAGGCCAGAAUAGCAUGACCGACACGGAGGCGACUACCCUACUCCAGCGUACGAAGCAGCAAAUGCUGCCAACGUACAUGAACGACACGCUGUCGAACAUCGUAACCGAGGCGGACGCAGCACAUAUUAGGGACGCGAUCCACUUCGCACAAAGCCUGCCCGCCUUCUCCGCAGCGGUGAGCAGCGAAGAACGCGACGACCUCCCAGUCGACAUCUUCAGGCGCUUGCGUAACGAAUGGGCAAAACUGUUACCAGCAAACAGCGACAGCGACCCAGAAACGACGCCCCGCUGA